AUGACACACUUGGAGUGUUUCACACAUGUUGUGGCUGGCCUUUUGGGGCAUUGUCUCACAAGUCUCUUAGCAGAACCAGAUCUUUGCAGCUUUCUUUGGAGGAGGCGGCAGCAUAAUGUUCUUGAAGCAAUUAGUGGCAGCGUUCUUCAUCACUGGAUGGAAAUCGGUCUCCACCACACUUAUUCUUCUCACUAUACAAAUGUGCAUACCCUUGAGUUGAGGAUGCCAGACAACCAGCUCGAGACUGGCAACGAUGGUGUCCACGUCGAGGAAGCUUAUGCCCUUUGGGGUGAUGAAGAAGUUGCAGUACCACACUAUGUUAUUGGGGUAAGAGGUGUAGCCAUAAAUUUAAGAGUCACAUAUAAAUAG